AUGGCAGAUGCAGGAUUUUAUCGUGGGACAAGCAGUGAACAAGACAGUCGUUUUACGGACAAGGAGCGGAAACUGCUGAAGCAGAUGAGAUUCGAUGGAGCGCUGGAUCAAAAGAUCUGCAUGGAGCGAAUCAAUCUGGACGUUGUGAAGCCAUGGAUAACUGCCAAAUUAAAUGAAAUUUUGGGAAUCGAAGAUGAUGUAGUUAUCGAAUACGUAUUCAGCCAGCUUGAGGAAAAGACUAUCAAUCCGAAGGUGAUGCAGAUUAACCUGACCGGCUUUUUAAAUGCUCGGCGUGCUAGGGAAUUUAUGGGAGAGCUUUGGAGCAUCUUAUUAGAAGCACAAAACAGUCAAGAUGGGAUCCCUGCAUCUUUUGUUGAAAAGAAAAUGAAGGAGUUGCAAGAGAAGGUAUCUUAUUAUUCAUUUGCUCUUAUGAGGGAAAAUCAGGGUGACGAUCGACGCCAAGAUCGCAAGGAUUCGGAAGGCGGUCGUGAUUAUGAAAGAAGCGAAAGGGAGGGAAGAGAAAGAGAGAGGAGAAAUCGAGAUCGUGACCGAGAAGAUCGAAGGAAUGAAAGAGAUAGAGACGCUCAUUACAGCAGUAAGCGUAGUGAAAGAACCCAUGAAGAAAGUCGAACGCGUGAAAAAGACCGAGAUGAUGUAAAAGGUACGGUGUAA